AUGUCAUCCAACAUACGCAUCCUCGCUAGAUGGAAGCAAUGCGAUGGCGUGGAACUCCUGGUCAACGUGGACUCUCGGAAUGGUGCGGACCUUGACUGGUUGAACACCACUGCGGACACUAUUCUCUUCUCUCGCAACAUUCAUGAGAUUCGGGCGUACAACAAGCUGGCGCGCGUUGCGUCUGGAGAUGUGCUGGCUUUCGUUCAGGACGACGCGGCGCCCCCCGUCGGAUGCGCCUACCUUGACACCGUCGCGAGACUCGACGACUUCCCGCGCGUCGAACGCGUCCAGUAUGUUGCGUGCGUGGACAUCGGUCCGCUUCUCAUCCAAAAGAAAGACUUCUUCUCCUUAGGGGAGUUUGACGCCAACUUUAGCGCAGCAGGACAGGGUGGCAUAGGGCUCGAUUUCGACCUCUCGACCCGUGCGUGGCUCAACGACCGGACAGUGUUGUUCUACACGCCGGCCCGACUUCCCGGAAAACCGGCACCGCUCGGGCAGCUAGUUACAAUUUCCCGCAGCAUGGUUCAAAAGGUCAUGGGGAAGCGGGUUUACGCAUCCAAGCCCAAGAUUCGCGUUCGCCUGAGACGACCCCACAACCGCAACAAAAAAUGGCGGAUAGAGGUCAUCGACACCGGCAAGUCGGUCGAGUUCGGCCAGGCGGGAGCGAGCGACUUCACCAUCCACGGCGAGCCCGCGCGGAUGGUGCGCUACCUCGUUCGCCACGCCGGCAAUGUGCCGGACUCCCUCAAACAGACCGGGGGGACGGAAAAAAACAUCGUGCACUGGGGGGUCGACAACCUUUCCCGUGCAGUGGAGAGCGCCGGCUUCUGGAGCCGCUGGCUGCUCUGGCACUGUCGGAUAAGUGUCGGGAUGGUCGGCCUGGUUUAA